UUUUCUUUGAGCAGAGUAUGUCGCUUGGAAAAUUUGGAAAAAUAACAUUGUCGUGGUUAGGAAUAACAGUUACAAGUUUAUCUCUUUUCGUGGUUGCUAAAAACUACGUAAAUGACCGCCGUAUUGAGAAUAUGAAAGCGCGCGAACGUAUGCGCAGAGCUAACGAAGGAGAAUAUCCUGAUUUGUACAGGAAACUGUGAGAAAAUAUAUUUGCUUUAGUAUUUGAGAGUGAAGUGAGCGAAGGAAGGAAUCAAAGAUGGCAGUACCACAAUUAGACCCCGCAAAGCUGCAAUUGGUCCAGGAGUUGGAGAUUGAGAUGAUGUCAGACAUGUAUAAUCGUCUAGUCACCGCCUGUCAUCGGAAAUGCAUACCCUUGAAGUACCAUGAGCCCGAACUUGGGAAAGGCGAAUCAGUCUGCUUGGAUCGUUGUGUUGCGAAAUAUUUAGAUGUUCAUGAACGCAUCGGGAAGAAGUUGUCAAACAUGUCGCAAGGAGACUCUGAAGAUCUUACCAAAAUAAACUUGCAAGAAACCAAAAAAUAGUACAAGUAUCAGAAACAAUUAUAACUUGCAGUAAAAUGUGCCAUAGACAAUAUGGAUUUUUUUUAUUUCUAUUUUAGAACAGACCUCCUUUUUUUUCUUUUUUGUUUAUGAACAUCAAUAUAAUUUUAUUGCCAAUGAUUAUACCCUGUACAUUUAAUUAAAAAAAUUACUGCAAGUUAUUACAUAGAUAUGAGAACGUACAAAUAGUUUCGGGAUUUUAAUGCACAAGUCAUUAAAUAAACGACUUUUAUCUGUGCUUACAUUAGUUUCUUACUCAUUGCAUUUCGAUUUGACAAUGGUGUUGUGUUAGCAUGGGUAUUAUUAACUUAGUAAUAUAUUAGACAAUGUUAAAAAUAAAAUUGUGUAAAAGCAA